AGAUUUCAAAGAAUGUUUUUCCCUGUAUGAUAAGAAGGGAAAAGGCAAGAUUCCUGUUGGGGACCUGAUGACCGUCAUGCGUUGUCUGGGGACAUGUCCCACCCCCAGUGAAGUCAGUCGUCACCUGCAGGCUCAGAAAAUUGCGAAAGACGGGAGGUGGAUUUCUCUACAUUUCUGACCAUCAUGUACCGACAACAAAAACAGGAAGACCCGGAAAAUGAGAUCAUGGUAGCCAUGCUGAUGAGCGACCGGGAAAAGAGCGGAUUGAUUCCAUUGGCUGAGCUCAAGUCCAAACUUACCAAGAUGGGUGAGAAGCUAAGCCCGGAGGAAGUGAACGAUCUUUUCCGAGAUGUUGAGGUGACCCCUGAUGGAAUGGUGAAAUAUGAGGCCUUAGUCCAGAAGAUCACACUCCCGAUGGCCGACUAUUAA